AAAUAAAUAAAUAAAUCAACAAGGGGAUACGAAUCUAUUUAAACACCAUCUUCCUCUUCCUCCUCUGCUAGCAUCGCUCGGUGUAGACGCGGGGACAGGGGGGAAAAGGCGCGUCCGCUUUCUGCCGGGGACGAGUAGGCUACAGCAGAGCGGGAUAAUUCUGUGUAAUUCUGCACGGAAAACGGGUCCGAGCGAAGAUUAUUCCAUCAACCAGAGGAGAGGACGCCACCGACAGAUCUAGCACCAUCCAGAGAGAAUCGUCAUUUUAUCAAGUCUAAAGACAAGGCUCUCUUGCUGGCUGCUUUUUUCUUGUUAAAUUGUAUGCCUACUGGGGAAAUCAGCCUAAGAGCGCAAACUGACAUCAUUUUAAAACGGGAAAUACGGUUGGAUACGUAAAGAAGGCUGAUUAUUUAUUGAAAGGAUAUUAAUAUUACCACCGAAGAAAAACGUCGGCCUCUCGCGUGUGGCAUAGAUCAAUUUACACUUAACCUAUAUUUGUUAGGCUAUAUGAGUUGAGCAAAUAGGUGUUUAUGCUAGAGGAGGUUGUUACAUAAGGACCGGCUCAAAAGUGCUAGAAUAAACGCCGUAAAACUGGCACAUAGCGAGAGAACGACACAGCCUUGCGUAUGAAUAGGCUAUCCAUGUUAGAGAAUACGCAUCAGCGUUACAUUUCCAUUUAAUCUUGAAAUAUCCACCAUUUUAAUCAGUCGUGACUGUUUGUGAUCUCAACUAUUUAUAUUUAUAAGGCCAUAUCCUUAGAGGAUAUUUGGGAGGACAUUCUGGAAUCAGGGCGAUACACAAGAUAUUUAUUUUAGGGCUCAAUUGCCGUUUAAUUGUUGAGGGUGACGCCACAGAGAGAAGAUGUCGGGACAAACGCUGACGGAUCGCAUCGCUGCUGCUCAAUACAGCCUCACGGGAUCGGAGGUGGCUCGUGCUGUCUGUAAAGCCACUACGCACGAGGUGAUGGGGCCCAAGAAGAAACACCUGGAAUACCUCAUCCAGGCGACCAAUGAAACCAAUGUGAACAUCCCGCAGAUGGCUGACACACUGUUUGAGAGGGCAACCAAUGCCAGCUGGGUGGUGGUGUUCAAGGCCCUGGUCACCACACAUCACAUGAUGGUCCAUGGAAAUGAGAGGUUCAUCCAAUAUCUGGCCUCCAGGAACACACUCUUCAACCUCAGCAAUUUCUUGGACAAGACAGGCUCCCAUGGCUACGACAUGUCAACCUUCAUCAGACGCUACAGUCGCUACCUGAACGAGAAGGCAUUUGCGUAUCGACAGAUGGCCUUCGACUUCGCUCGGGUGAAGAAGGGUGCUGACGGGGUGAUGAGGACGAUGAGCACAGAGAAGCUCUUGAAGGGCAUGCCAACUCUCCAGGGCCAGAUCGACGCUUUGCUGGAGUUUGAUGUUCAUCCUAAUGAACUUAUAAAUGGAGUGAUCAAUGCAGCGUUUCUCCUGCUUUUCAAGGACCUCAUUAAGUUGUUUGCCUGCUAUAACGAUGGGAUUAUUAAUUUACUAGAGAAAUUUUUUGAAAUGAAGAAAGGACAGUGCAGGGAUGCACUUGAGAUCUACAAGAGAUUCCUAACACGAAUGACCAGGGUGUCCGAAUUCCUAAAAAUAGCCGAGCAAAUAGGGAUUGACAAGAAUGAUAUUCCUGAACUUACUCAGGCCCCUGAGAGUCUCCUGGAAUCCUUGGAGACACACCUGAACACACUUGAGGGGAAAAAAGGGUCACCGACCAAGGGGUCUCCUUCAAAUAAUGGCACACCAUCCAGCACUCCAGCCAAGACCUCCGACUCCACCUCUCCCCCUGCUGAAUCUGCUCCCCUGUCUGCUGGGGCUGCUUCCAAUGCUCUGUCAAAUGACCUGUUGGAUCUUGACCUCCUGUCAUCUGCCCCCCAGCCAGCUGGGGCAGCAGCUGCAGCUGCCCCACCCACAUCCUCCUGGGGAGAUCUCCUCGGGGAAGAUUCCCUGACUGCUCCUGCAGCGCCCGCUAGCACCUGCGAGGCCCUUCUGUCAGAACCAGCCCUCACUGCAGACUCCGCCUCCGCUCCAGCCGCUGCCACAGCCAGCGCUGCUCCCGCUGCCACGGCGACUGCUGCUCCGCCGGCUGCUGAGGCCACGCCUGCUUCUGCAGUUUCCGCCUCAGCGCCACCAGCAGCCUUGCCUGUCCCCUCCGCGGCCUCAGCCCCCUCAGACGUGGAUCUCUUCGGAGAUGCAUUUGCAGCUUCUCCAGGCGACGGCCCAGCUACCGGUGAGGAUGGGACACCAGCUGCCGCGCCCACACCUGCUUCUGAUGCAUGUGGUGGUAGUGACCCCUUUGCCCCAUCCGAAGGCAGUGCAGAUGUUGCCCAAGAGCUGGACCUCUUUGCGAUGAAGCCCGCAGAGACCAGUGCCACCGUAGUAACCCCCACCUCCAGCGCCCCACCAACCAUCGCCCCCCCAGCAGCAGCCCCCGCCACUCCUGCACCUCCCUCCGCCAGCUCGGCUGCCGCCGCUCCAUCACUAGAUAUCUUUGGCGAUUUAUUUGAUUCAAUGCCUGAGCAAAGCUCCUCCGCAGCAUCCAAAGCAGACGCUACCCAUAGCGUAGACCUGUUUGGGGCAGAUCUCCCUGCGACCUCACGAGGGUCUUCUCCUUUACCUGAAGCCAAUGUGACUGCUGAUCUCCUUUCUGAUGCGUUCUCCGCACCAGUGGCCCCGCCUGCACCUGCAUCUCCUGUUAAAGCAGAUGCCGGAGGUGUGCUGGACCUGUUUGGGGACACAUUCGGCAGUCCUGUAGAGUCCCAGCCUGCCGCACCUGGAGUGCCUGCUGCUGACCUGCUGGGAGGGUUGAUGACCCCCAGCCCAGCUCUCGCUCCAGCCGCCACCCCGACCCCGGCCCCGGUGCCAGCGCAGAAUAACCUCCUGGAGUCUGGGCUCGAUGCGGCCUUCUGCUCGCCCCCAGCUCCGGCCUCGGCCCCCGCAGCCCCGUCCACUGGCUUCGAUGCCUCAGUGUUUGAUGGAUUAGGGGACCUACUCAUGCCUGCCGUGGCCCCCCAGGGACCUCCGGUAGUCCCCAUGGCUGGGGGCGGGGCUGCAGGGGCUCCACCUACAAAGGCAAUAGGAGGCGACCUGGACUCAUCUCUAGCAAGCCUGGUUGGAAAUCUGGGCAUGGGAAAUCAGAAGAAGGACUUGCAGUGGAAUGAGAAGAAGCUGACAGGAGGGGCCAGCUGGCAACCGCAGGUCGCCCCCACCAGCUGGGGUGCACCCGGCUCACAGAUGCCUGGCUCCUCCCCUGUGGCUCCAGGGGCCACACCCCCAGCUGGGGCCAUGCCCCCUCCCAUGGGGGCACAGCCAGGAUUCGGCAUGCCCCCAGUGGGUGGAACUGGAGCUCCCAUGAUGCCUCAGAUGUUCCCCCAGCCAAUGAUGAGACCACAGUUCCCAGGAGCACCAGGAGCGCCGCUUUCCCCAGGACCUGGCGCUGCUCUCCAGAGCCCUAAAAAGCCUCCCACCAAGGACCCCCUGGCAGAUCUCAACAUAAAGGACUUCUUAUAAACCCCCAGUUGCUCUGGACCACACCCCGACCCCCCAGCCAAUAACAGCACCCCUGGAAGCAUCUGCAUGGUGUCCUGCUUAACCUCCAAGGACACCAGGAGAUCCCAGCAAGAUAAUGGAACCUACAUCCCCACCUUCACCCCUGCCCAACCCUUACAUGCUCCACUUGGUCUUAAUAGCACAGUGUGCAGCCCUGAAGAGUCUGCUUAUCUCUAUGUUCUCCUUUCUCGAAAACUAAACUGAAAAGUGACAAAAAAAAAAAAAAACUCAAAUGGAAAAAAAUGGUGUACUUUGAUCCUCCCUUUUUCAUUGUGGGCAUUUGAGUUGAAUGAUGGGUGUGUGUGUGUGUGUGUUGAUGCCUUUUUUGCGCUUUAGCUCCGCCCCCUUUCAGGGUGACGGGCGGGUGGCCGUCCUGUAGUGACUGGUGUUUGUGUCGUUUGUGGCGGAAGGUUUUUGAUGUACAUAAAUCUCCCAAAAUCCCAGGAUUUCCUCUCUACUCUGUAUGUCUGCUCCAGAAAUUGAUGUGAAUCUGAUAUCAAACUAUAAGUCAUGUGACAUUACUUAUUGCUAGUCAUAAAUCUUAACUUGUUUCGGAAAACAAAUAUAUAUAUAUUAUAUAUAUAAAUAUAUAAUGUGCAGGAUUCUGAAACCUACAACACCCUCCAGUGUUUUUCUUUCAUUUAGGUUUUUUUUUAAUUCUUUAUUUUGCGGUUUCAAAUUUUUCACAUUUCUCUUUCAAUGCUAAAGGUUAUUUAUAUUUUCAUGAAUUUCUUUGUUGAAUAAUUGUCAAAUAAAGCAGCCAUAUGCAUUUCAGGACAUUUUAUCUGCACGUUAACUUAUUCAUCCUUUUUUUCUUAUUUGAGAGAAAAAAGUUAUAUUUUUAGUUUUUAUUGUAGAUAUAGAAAUUAAAUGUUUUUAAAGUGAAAACAAUGAAUCGCUAACAGUUAACUGUCCCAGGAUGAGAUCACAAGGCAAUAUUGCAUAAGAACUCAAAUCAAAGGCCAGACACAUUUUUUUGUCCCAAUUAACCAAUUAACACAGCAUUCACAGUAGUCCGAGCUAAACAGAGGGUUGGGUCUCACCAUUCUGUUUCACAUGAACUAUUCACUGUCCACGUCAGUGAAUUCUUGUGUUUUGACUCAUAGUGGUAGUGUUUUAUUACCAGACCCUGGUCAGUACUUGUAGUGUUAUUUUUGUAUUGCUGUAGAAACAAACUUACAAAAAGUCUGACACCUAACCUGCCCAUGGGGGUGUCCCAAGUCCCAUCCCUCUCCCUUCUUCUCCUAGUAAAUGUGCACAUGGUGUUUUCUGUUGCUCCCUCUCAUGGUAAACAGUGGUAUUGUAGGUGGCAGCACAAAUGAAGGGUCUCUGUGCACCCAGAAGAGGUCACUGUUGAUCAGUGUUACUUUGUGUCUCUGUAGGCAGGUCUGUGGGCCAGUGGGAGGGGCCUGACUGUAGACUCUGUACUCUCCCUGAUAUACUGGGUACUCUGUGUGUUGUAUCAUUCCAAGUGGCUGUAUCGACAACUGUUGUGAAAAUGAUGGGUAGAAAAAGAAAAAAACUUUAAUUUUUUUGUUAAAGAUGGAUUCUGUUUGGUUUUUUGAUUGACGACCUCCCCCCCGUCGCUCCCCCAGUGCAUGUAAUUCCUCUUGAGAUGCAAUAAAGACAUUGACUUAAAGAAAAA